CCAGCCCAACUACUAGUCCUGCACUUGUACCCGUGCUGUUCUAUUUUUUUCUUCAAGUUUCUUGUUUAUUUUGUCGUUAUCUUGUAGAGGCAAGAACAUUUCAAUCUUUGAACUUCUUUAGAUUUCCAGAACUUCCCUUCUGUCCGAUCUCUCUCUUUCCUUGACCCUCCUGCAAUAAAGAGUUCUGCAAAUCUACAAACCCUCCAAAAUCUCAAAAUCCUUCCACCCUCAAAACUUGCACAAGAUCUACCAAGAAAUCCAAAGAGCUCAAACCUCUCUCCCUCUUGUCUUUGGAACUCCAAAUAUUUGUAUCAAUAACCGAGAGCCGUGUAUAGUUUGGCUUUUUUAAAAAAACAACUCUUUUGGUGGCUUUGGCUUUAAGAUGUUGCAGCUUUUCUUUACGGUGGCUUUCUCUGCGGUGCCUUUGACUUUGUACAUUCCACCUAUGAGGAGCUUGAAUCUCUUUGUGGAAACCAUGGAAGGUCUGUUAAGGGAGUCAAGAGUUUAUACCACGAGACUCUAUCCUCGUGCAAGGCACGCGUGGUCUAGGUUCUUGGAUAUCUUGCUUUGCAAUUUCAGGCUAGGGUAGAAGAGGGUGUUCAUGUACAUCCUUCUUCUUAUCUGCUUUAUUUUUAUGGUCUUAGAACUGAUGUAGAUUGCAAUAAGUUGUUGUUACUUUAAUUUUAAUUUUGUUGGAUGUGUUUAUGAUUUUGUGCGGGAUUACGAAUUAUAGAGAAAAGCUUGAGGAUUGUUAUAAGGAUGCUAUAUAAAUUAAGAGUAAAUAAAGGAUGGUUUUCUCCCUUCCUGGGUUCCUUGUCCAUGUGAAGAGUAAGGUUUUGGAGAUGGGGUUUGCCUUUUGUUAUCAGUCAACAUGAAGCAGAAUUCGGGAUUUUGGGUUUGUUCUCUAGGGCAAUCUUUGUUAAUUUUUCAAAACUUUCAUCUGACUCUUGCUAAAAAGAAGAAGAAAAAGAAAGUCAUUUGCAAGCACAUUAAUUUCCGAAGGAGGGGAUAAAAAUGGAGACAUCUUCUUUCCCAUUAUAAAAUCAUCGAAACUGGGAAUUGGGAUGAACGCAAUAAUGUUCUGGGAGACGAAGAACCAAAUAUAAAAUGAGGGAGUGGUUACUGGUUAGCGUGUAAGUUAUAUUUGCAAUCCAUCCAAAACAGAAGCGAAGACAAAAACAAAGAGAGAACGCAAUUGAUGUCCGUGGGUUUCUUUUUUGUUAGGACAAAAAACACGGCAGCUUUUACAUCGGUAUGUCUAAAAUCGGAUGGCAAGGUUUGGGGUUUAGCCAUUAUUGCAAACUGUGCAGUCGAUCAUGUUCAAGAGCUAAACUCGUAGUAUAUACGCAAGGAAGAGAGACACAUACAGAAAGACCUUAGCACCGAAAGAUUUUCACAGGAGAGGUGGUUAGGCAUGAUUUGAGAUGACACAAAGGACUCCCAGCUGAUUCUUUUAAUAGACACUCUGUAAUUGAUAAAGAUAUAAGAAACAGUAUGUCCUAUGAAAGCUGCCUCCGAAGAU